AUGUUGCUGCUGAGUGUUGCCUCAGUAUGCGCCACUGAGAACACGAUAUCCACUAAUGAUAAUGGUAAUCGUGCUGAUUGCCCUGAGGGUAGUGGCGGUACUAAUCGUUGCUCUUCUGCUGCUUCUGCUGCUGCUGCUGCUAGUGCUGCCGCUUCUUGUACUGAUGGUGGAUCUACUAAAUCUACUGGUGAUACUUGUACUCGUGCACCUCAAGGUCUACCUACUGGAUCUGGUGGUAGUGGUGAUGCGGGUCCAUCUACACAACCAAACACUGUUCCAACAGGAAAAGAACAUGAAGGUCCUUCUGCUGGUGAUCCCGCUCCUCCUCUUACUGCACCAAGUGUAAGAACUGAUGGAGAAGGUCCCGCUGGUGAUCAAGUUGAAAACAAAACACCGGAGCUUCGAGAUGGAACACCACCAGAUAGUGAUCCUACUGCAGGUGAAGGUACAAAUGAAAUCAGCAGCAACAGUGAAGGAAGUGGAAGUGCACCAUCACAGGCUCCACCUUCCUCCACCACUUCAGAAACAGCGAGUAACGGUGGUUCUAAUGCUGCUACGACUGAGACUGAUACAACAUCUGCAGAGAGUGAAUCAACAAGGAACCAAAAUGAUGGAGGAAAUACAGAUACCACCACCACCACAACAACAACAACACUUCCUCCUGAACUCUCAAACAACAAGAAGGGUGAUGCAGACAGCAGCAGCAGUAUCAGCAGUUCUGUGUGGGUGCGUGUACCACUACUGAUUGUGGUUACACUGGCCUGUAUUCUUGUAUGCUGA